AUGGUUUAUUUACAAGAAUAUGAAUACAGCGGUUCUUACUCGUUUUCAGCUCACGGGCAGGCGACAGAUCUAUGGGACGGACAACUACCGCUGGAGCGUUCCCCCUUCCACGGUGGAAUGAUCGACCUGUCCGGAGUUCGAGCACCCGAUCAUAGCCAUGAACCCAACCAUACGCACUUCGGUCAAAGAGACACGCCCGGUCGCGAGAGACCAGCUUCGGCGGCCCUGGUUCCCCCGGAAACUUGGGACGGUAAAGGACAAGCGAUAGAUACGCAGCGACCGGCUGUUGGUAACAAUGACCUGCUGAGGAUGAACGCCGAUUUCCAGUUUUCCGGCGGUCAGGAACAGAGGGGAAAAACGGGUUCAAACUUGCGCACGUUUACAGACACGGCUCAUUCCCAUGGCCAUGGUCAUGGCCAUGGUCAUGAUCAUGGCCAUAUGAGUGCCACACCCUCGUCAUCGCUUCCCGCUGAUAUACAGAGUCUGUUUGAUCGAUUUAAUAUUGGAUCGAUAGACGCCCUGAGCGCACGUUUGAAUAGUCUGACUACUCAAGCGCCUUUCGCCUCGUCGGUAGUGGCGGACGCGUCGGCUGCUGCUUCCUCUUCAGCAUCAUCAUCAUCGUCUUCCUCAUCAUCCAACUCAGGCGUCGCAGCAGAAAUAUCGCCGGCGGUCAAUCCUGGAAUUGAUGUUCACGCACAUGCGCAUGAUGCAUCCAGCCCUGUUGCCGUCUUGGAUGCAUCAGCAACAAUGGCCAAGUCAUCGGCGAAUACCAACAGCACCACGAACACAACAAGCACCAAAUCAGUAAAAACAACAUCGAUCAAAGUCACCACAGUUGUAAAAGGCGGGACAGCCGCUGACGUUGCCGCGGCGGCUGCGUCGCAGGCGGAAAUAGCGCAGGCUGUAGCUCAGGGAAAGGCUGAGGGAAAAGAGCUCAACAGUUCGUCGAUCGCGGACAUUGCAGCGAAGGCCAACAGCAAAAUAGGCGCAAACUCUUCUGGUAACGAUGCAUCUCUUAUCGCACCCGAGUCAAAUCUUCCCGUCGGUUCCAUUACGGUCAAGCGCCAGAAGAACGGAGAGUCGAUCAUAACCCUGAAUGACGGUCAAGGGCAGCCAGUGGUGUUACGCGCCAAUGGUCCUGUGCAAAUCGAGCGCAUCGUAAAGCCAGACGGAAAGAUCCAGUUUCUCAUAAACCCGGUGAAGCCUAAACCACAGUCGAGCACAAUUAACCCGGCGGAUAUGGAGAUAGAGCCGGAGGAAAUGUUUACUACGACAAUGGCUUCUAUGAUCAUAUCCGACCCGAACCCCAGCACAACCGUCGCAACGCAGAGUCCCGAUGCGAGUUUCCAGGAUGCCGUGGCCCUUACGAGCGUCGCAGCUGAUCUUGGUCUUAUAGAUAAGUCGCCGUCACUCACGGAGGCGCUCGUGACAAACGCUCUUCUUCAAACGCCUACGGGACCCGCUGUGGCGCAGACGACUACAGCGCCGCCGGCUGUUGGUCCUAAAGCCGAAAAGGGUGCCAUUGUUUCGAAAAUGGUGACCGGAAGUGGUGACAAUGUUUCAAAAACGGCGGCUUCAAGUGGCAUCGUCCAGCAUUCCGGCAAUUCCGGAAGCGUCCCAAAUAUUGCUUCUCUGAAUCAACAGGCGAUUAACGACGUUUCACAGAACCCCUCCAAUAACCAAAAUAAUGCAAAGAUAAACGAUUUGUUUACGGGUUUGUUUCCGGAUUUAGGGUCGGGUUUAUUCAGCCUCUUCGAAUCGCCCCGUAUUCCGCCACCUCCGCGGAUCGCGGGACCCCAUAUUGGCAACCGCGGUGUUUUAAAUCCAUUCGUAAGUGACACUAACCUUUUUAACGUGAACAAAGACAUUGGCCUACUGCGCCCUUCGCAGUUGCCUCCCGUCGUGAAUCAAUCGCCAUUGUCAACAAUGGCGCCUUCGACAGGCGGAAACGUAGCCGCUGGGACGGUAGAACUUAAUCCUAACCCGCCAUACAAUCUGGUGGACGUUGUGCCCAGUGUAAUGCGAAGAUAAACCUACCACGGCACUCAUACAGUGCCGAUUUUGUUGUUAUUGAUGCAUAGUUAAGAGGAAGUUUUCAUUGUUGGUAAUUGCUGCAUUAUUAAGAUCAUUAUUUGGCUACGGUGGUUGAAAUGUUUUGUUGUCAUGUAGUUGCUGCAAUAUAAAGACGGUGAUUUUAAUACUGGUGUUAAUGCAGUGUUUUAGGGUGUGAUACUUGAAUGUAAGCCGCCGGAAGUGGAUUUUUCAGCGGCGUGUUGUCAGCGAUGGUAUGUCGUGUUAUCUGAACAUGUGGUUAAACUGUGAAUCCUGGGGAAGAUUGGUCCUCGUCAUACAGUGUGAACAGGACCCUUGAGCUUAGUAUUUACUAUGUUGUUUUAUAAGAGCGUCUCUAAAGCAAAACUAUUAAGAACAAAUUAUAAAUGUGAAAUUCGCAACGCAUUUUGAUUUAUGCAUCGUAAAGUGAACAUUCGAUACGACUUUUUACGCCCCCGGAUCGAAUGAUCGGGGAUAUACUGUUUUUUGGCCUGUCUGUCUGUCUGUCAUUGUAAGUGUGUGUCUUUCCCAAAACUUUAAGGAUGGUCAUAACUUUUGCAAUAUUGAAGAUAGCAACUUGAUAUUUGGCAUGCAUGUGUAU